AUUUUUUUUAAAAAAAUUUACCAUGUUGGAAUCUCACCGUGAAAAAUAAUUUUUUUUAUGUUUUUUCUAAUAAAAAUAUUUUAUAUUUUAGUUAGUAAAGGUUUAAACUUAAAAGUACCGGUUAAUAUCCAACACGAAACUAGUUAAAUCCCAAUGGAAGUACACAAUUAUAUUUCAUUGUAAGAUGAAUAAAGUUUUGAGAAUUUUUUUGAAAUACCUUAAGUUGGAUACAAUUAAUAAAAAAAUACAAUUUAUCGAAAAAUAUUAUAAUAUUUGGGUUUUAAAGUUUAGUGAGUAUUGUUUAGAAAUUAUUAUUUAGAGGGUGUGGUUGAGUUUAUAAAUUUUUAUAAAAUUUUAUAAAACAUUUAUAAAUGAUGCAUGAGAGUUAAUUUUGUUUUAUUUUCAUAAUAAACAUAAGGUAUUUAUUAAAAUGAUUAUCAUUUAAAUGUAAAUUUGAAAAGUAAUAUCAAGGUAAAGUUAGAAUUUCCUCUAAAAUUUUAAUCUAGUGUAUAUAUGAAAACAUGCAUGUAACCUCUUUCAAAAUUGAUUUAUAUGUUACUACUAUAUCAUACAUUAGUUUUUUUAAUUUUUUAAAUAUCCAUCACAUCUAUAUUAUUAUAUGCAAAGUGAUUUUUCACAUUUUAGCUACGAUGUUAAAAGUUAAAGUGAUUAAUAUUGUUUAUAAAUAGUUAUGGAAAAAAAAAUAUGCAUCAAUAUUAAAUACAAAAAAAAACAAAUAGGGCCAUGAUAUUCAUUUAUUCACGGGAAUAUCAAUGAUAAAAUAACCACGAGCUCUCCACGCGAAUUAACCAAUGUAUCAAUCGUGUCCAUCCACGUGUCAACGAUCCACAGCCUCAUCAUCAUCGACUCCAUCGGUCUUCUUCUUCAUCAUUCUUGUCCAGUUUUCUGUAAACUCGAUGAAAGUAUUGAAAUUCUAACACUAAACUGUCAACACAGCUGACUCUAACCGAUCCUUUAGUUAUUAUGAUCUUCGUUUUCACCCCUUUUAGCAUCUAAUAUUAUAAUCUAGAAUCGGAUCGAUGUUUACACGAUCAUGUAAUUUGAAUUUAAUAUUAUGAUCAAUUAUAAUGCAACUGUAUCUCGGAAUAACCUCUACUAAACUCUUAACUGAGAUCAAUCAAAUGGGAUAAAUUGAUCUUUAGUCUACACUCUAGAGCUCUUUCCUAAAACGUGUUUACUUUCAACGAUGAUAAAUAAAUUAAAGAUUGAUUUGAUAAACUAAAAAGGAUAUAUAAAUUAUUUUCUCAUAUUGUUUUCUUCGUAUAACAAAGGAAUUGGAGAAAGCGAAGUGGGGAAAGAGAGAUGGAUGGAGGGAGCCAAAACGGUGCUUAUGAUGGUAGAGUUAUGACGGAGGAGCAAAUGGAGAUUCUCAGUAAGCAGAUCGCCAUUUACGCCGCCAUUUGUAGGCAGCUCGUUUCCCUCCACGAGUCUUUCUCUUCUAAACUUCCCCUCUCAUCAGGAGUGGAUCCAACCGGAGGUGGAUACUUUGAUUCGAUGGGGGCUUCGCCAAGCACUUAUAAAAUAUCUCAUCGGCAUCGUUGGACUCCGACAUCGAUGCAACUUCAGAUUCUCGAAAGCAUUUACGAGGAAGGAAGCGGAACACCAAAACCACAGAGGAUUGAAGAGAUCACGUUGGAGCUGUCUCAACACGGACAGGUCAUGGACAAAAAUGUAUACAACUGGUUUCAAAACCGACGAGCUCGGUCCAAACGAAAGCAGCCUCAGGCUAUGACAACGACGACUGUUCAGACCGUUGAUGCGGUGGCGGCAACAGAGGAGAGGAGUUAUGGAGAUUCUGGAGGGUUUGUGUCUUAUGAUCAUAUCCUCUUUCCGAGUACUGACUUUGGUAAAAUCUUAAAAUAUAAUUUGAGCUUUUCCCGUAUGAUUUUAAUCAUCCACGGUCUCAUCAUCAGCACUCCAUCGGUCUUCUUCUUCAUCCUUGUCCAGUUUUCUGGCGAAAGCAUCUCAACAGUAAAACAUGCUUCUCAAGACGGUUUCUUCGUCUUCCGCUGCUCGUGAGUUUCCAUGGCGGAAUCAAGGACGUUUCUCCUGUGGAAAAUCUGAAAAACUCUCCGUCUCUGUAAGCGGCGUCGUUUGAGGAGGUUAAGAAGGAGCUCGAUCCCGUCCCUACAAGCUCCACGUCUCGCUCGCUCGUCAAAAGUACUCUGACGAGUGAAAGAACUUAUCAUUUAUGAAUCAGAAAGUGUAGAGAGAUAAGAAGUUAGAAACUUUUCAAAAAAAUAAAUGAAAAACAUUUCUUCAGGUGGAAGCAAUCUCAGAGUAUGUAGCUCAACUACGAAGAGUCGGCAUGAACAUUUUUAUAUACAUCAUUUGAUUCAUCCUGUGCACUUCAUGCUUCAGUCUCGGUUUCUAAUUUGUAUCUUUUGGAAUGUUUGUGGGUUUGGUCUUCAGGGACAUGGCAUUUCAAUCAGAUGCUUCUGGAACAGUAAAAGCUGCUUCGAGGGAUUAUGGUCGUGUUUACUCUUGUGGUGUUUACUCUAUGAAGCUCACUAGCAAUGUAGCUUACUUUGAGUUUGAGUAGAUAAAAAUUGAAUCUUUAGUGAUAUUGAUUAUGUAGAGUAGCUAGAUUUCUGUAUUCAUAGUAGCUUACAUUGAGAUGCCAAAAUAAAAUAAAAUAUAUAUAGUAGCUUACAUUUAUUUUGAGAAAAUAAAACUGAAUCUUUUGUGAUAUUGAUUAUGCAAAUGUGUAGAGUGUCUACCUUUGUGGAAUCAUCAUAGUAGCUAGCUUGUAUUGAUUUGAGUAAGUUAAAGUCGAAUAUUUACUUAAUGGUAUAUGGGUUAGUGUAAAGUAGCGACCUUUGUGUAGUCAUGUCAUGCUAGCUUACAUUUAUUUGAGUUAAUAAAAAUUGAAUCUUUAGUGAUAUUGAUUAUGAAAAUAAAUGUAUAUAGUGUAAAGUAGCUACCUUUAUGUACAAUGAUUUGAGUUUUGCUAUUGCAGGAGUUGUAUGUGAACAUUGGGUACCGGAAACAUAGUCAUGCUUUUGAGGCCUUCAAGAUCCUGAUUCUGUGUUGGGUUCACUCACACAUGAGAUCAAAGAAGUUGGGCCUGAUGGGCAGGAGGUGACUAAAGUUGUACCUGCUGUUACGGAAGAAGACCAAGGGAUUGAAAUUCUAACGGAAGCCAUAGCAGCUUGCACCGAGACAAUUGAUCAACACAAGGGCAAGCUCGUCGUUAAGGAGACACCUAGAGCUGUGAGUGAACGAAGAGGACAGAACACAUGGCUAAGCUAAGAAUGGACGAUGAAGAAAUCAGCGGUGAUGAAGAAGAGGACACAGGGAUGGGUGAAGUUGACAUUGAAGGUGCCGGAAUCGUUGAGUAGGAUUCUUCGCUGGUUUCAUAGUUUUCCGACCAACAUGAGUAUUUUUGCUAUAAAUUAGAAAUCUCCAAGAGGUUGUGUGUGUUUUUUUUUCUUUUGUCCACAGACAUGUUGUUUUUCACCCGUUGAGGGGUUUAUAUACUCGUAUGUAUGGUUUUAUAAAGUUUUGACUAUUACUGCAUCAUGAGUUUAAACCUGAUUGGAUUUGACUAGUGACUAAUCUAUCAA